GACAAGAGCGUGCUGCUUCCUGCUUCGCCUGCAAGCCCUGUAGCAGUGCCAUGGCGCCCCGGUCCCUGCUCGCCCUGCUGGCCCUCGCGGCCAGCGCCGGCGCGCUCAACGUCGUGCGCAACAAGAACUUCGGCAAGCUCCAGGGCGGCUACCUCUUCCCCGAGAUCGGCCGGCGCCGCACGGCCUUCGCCGAGAAGAACCCGGAGCUCGCGGAGAAGAUCAUCAGCCUGGGCAUCGGCGACACGACGAAGCCCAUCCCCGAGCACAUCCUGUCGGGCCUCGUCAACGGCGCGAAGAAGCUCGGCACCGUCGAGGGCUACAGCGGCUACGGCGCGGAGCAGGGCAAGGGCGACCUCCGCGAGAAGAUCGCCGCGUCGUGCUACGGCGACCGCGUCAAGGCGUCCGAGGUCUUCGUGUCCGACGGCGCCAAGUGCGACAUCAGCCGCCUCCAGCUCAUGUUCGGCUCCGAUGUCGUCUCCGCCGUGCAGGACCCCUCGUAUCCCGUCUACGUCGACACGUCCGUCAUGAUGGGCCAGACGGGCGAGGUCAACAAGGAGACGGGCCAGUUCGACAAGCUCGUCUACAUGCCCUGCGCCGCCGCCGACGACUUCUUCCCGGACCUCGCCAAGGUGCCGCGCGCGGACGUCUACUACUUCUGCAGCCCCAACAACCCGACGGGCGCGGUCGCGACGCGCGCGCAGCUCGAGGCCCUCGUGGCCCGCGCGCUGAAGGACGGGUCCAUCCUCGUCUUCGACGCCGCCUACGCGCCCUUCAUCCGCUCCGAGGGCACGCCGACGUCCAUCUUCGAGAUCGAGGGCAGCCGCCAGUGCGCGAUCGAGGUCAACUCGUUCUCCAAGUACGCGGGCUUCACGGGCGCGCGCCUCGGCUGGACCGUCGUGCCCGACGAGCUCACCUACUCCGACGGGUCCUCGGUCCGCGACGACUUCAACCGCGUCAUGACGACGGGCUUCAACGGCGCGUCGAACAUCGUCCAGGAGGGCGGCAUGGCGUGCCUCGACCCCGAGGGCAAGAAGGAGAUCGACACGCUCAUCGACUACUACCUCGGCAACGCGGAGAUCCUCCGCGGCCUCGCCGACGACCUCGGCCUCGACCACUACGGCGGCGUCGACUCGCCCUACGUCUUCGUCGACCUCAAGGGCCACAGCUCCUGGGACACGUUCUCGACGAUCCUCGAGGAGGCGCAGGUCGUCACGAUCCCCGGCGCGGGCUUCGGCCCGGGCGGCGAGGGCUACCUCCGCUUCUCCGCCUUCGCGCCCCGCGAGGCCUGCCUGGAGGCCCGCGAGCGCAUCUCCAAGAUCGACAUCUUCAAGGGCCAAUAGGCGCGCGGCCUCGCCGGCGCGCCGCCCCAAGCAGCCCGAGCAGCGCCGCGGCCCCGCGUAAGACCUUAGACGAA